AUGGACAUCACUGCAUCGAGUCUAGAUGACUUUUUACACUGGAAAAAAGACGCUCUUCGUAAGUACCUAUGUGAUCGAGAAUUAUCUCGUAAUGGCAAUAGAUCAGAACUGGCUGCGUUAUGCUUUGCUGCACUAUCUGUGAAUUUGCCACUGAAAAAUUCAUCUAUUGAACUUUCAAAGGAAAAUGAAAAGGUUUAUCAUAAGUUGUUAUGUAUUGACGGUACUGUACAUAUUACAUCUUUCCUGGUGACAAGUGAACGCGAAGAGCAGGCUAACAUUCAGUUGAGUUCAGAGCCCCAUACUGUAUGGGUUUGCUGUGACAAGAAGACAGGGGGCAUCAAGUCAGCUUACUGCUCUUGCACAGCUGGCAUCUCGACCAUUAGUAGGAAAUUUGAAGGCCGGUUUGAAUGUCCUUCCUUGCGAUGCCAAUACUUCAACAAUCAGAAACAGCUUGCUGGCAAAACUCAGAGAGGUCCAACCAACUGCACGUGUAUUGAAAACUUCUAUGCUUUUGAUGUCGUCCCUGUGAUUAUAUCCAUGACUACGAAAAUCAAUCCAUCGGACUGGACGGUGUUUGAGUCCAAAGAUGAAAUACAGAAGGUGGAAUAUUAUAAUGAUAUAGCAACAAUGUAUGACCGGGAUUAUGGGACCGAUCGCCGAACUGGUCCUUUCUUCGCAGCAGCCGGUCUUGGAGCAUGCGUGGUUGAUGAAGAACGUCGGAAGUCUGUGCGUAUACUUGAUGUUGCAGCAGGAACAGGCACUGUUGCGUUAGAGUUACAGAAGUUGGGUUUCGCCGAGAUUGACGCUCUGGACCCUUCCCCCGGAAUGCUCGACAAAGCUCGAGCAAAAGGAAUCUACAAGAACAUAUUUUGUCAGUUUCUAACUGAACAACCCUGCGACAUACCGACUGGAAGUUAUGAUUGCGUGGUCAUGUGCAGCGCCAUAGGAUCUGGUCACGUGCCAGCAGGUGCCUUUGUAGAGAUUCUGCGGAUCACGCGCCCAGGUGGAUUCAUCGUCCUCGCUGCCAACAGUUUAAAUUUACAUAAGGAAACUGGGAACUGUCGGCAAGAAUUCUGUCAGGUGUUCGAUUCACUGGAGGCUCAGGGCAAAUGGAUCAAAGUCACAGAGAAGACAUUUCCUAAUUAUAGCGGGGAUGCCGACGGGAUUCUUAUGACAUUCAGAGUGUGCUAGCGAUGUCAUAUUAAUGAUAGGAUCCUCAUCACAUCCAUUUUAUUCCAGAUUGUUUUCAAUUAAGUUUAUUUUUUGGCAUUUGUGUGCUGUAUUGGUGUGAGGCCGAAAGCCUAAUACGGCCAACCGAGGGGAAAUAACCUUGGCAAAUAUUGAAAAUACUAAUUCAUAAUCAGAUCAUUAACCAACUUCUCCAUUUAUUUGUAAAGUUUUCUGGUUGUUUUAAUGCUUAUGCACAAUGUACAUUAUAAUUAUCGGUACAAAGUUCUCUUUGUCAUGGUAAAAUAUAAACAAAUUGAUUGUAAC